AUGAAUUCAUUCGUCAACGGACUGAUGCAGAGCGUGACGCAAGCGAAGAUGCGGCUGCGUCGCUCCACGCGGUCGCGUCAGCGACAGAUCGACGAGUCCUUUAAUAUAUUCGCCAGAAGGAAAGCAUCAGAAAAUCCCAACGGCACAGCACUCGGCUCGAAUCCAGAAAUUGUGCAGCCAGUGUUGGCCCGAGGGACGUGCGUGCAUAUCGUCGGUGUGUUUCAGUCAGCGAUUCCAGCCGAACCGAAUAAUCUCGCACCAACGUCAGAUCGUGAAAUGCAUCGUCAAUUCACCAAUAACUCUGGUUCAAGUGAAGCGGAAGAGUUCACACAAGAAGAACUCCAGGAAUUUGCUCAAGCAUUUAAGAUGUUUGACAAAGAUGGGAAUGGUACUAUGAAUAUCAAAGAGUUAGGUGUGGCCAUGCGAACGUUAGGCAUGAAUCCGACCGAAGAAGAGCUACAGAAUAUGGUGAACGAGUACGAUGUCGACGGUAAUGGAAAGAUCGAUUUUGGCGAAUUCUGCAAAAUGAUGAAGGAGAUGAACAAGGAAACUGAUCAGGAGUUGAUUCGUCUAGCCUUCAAAGUUUUCGACAAGGACGGAAACGGUUACAUCACUGCGCAAGAGUUCAAGCACUUUAUGACCACUAUGGGUGAGAGGUUCACCGAAGAGGAAGUGGAUGAAAUCAUCAAAGAAGUCGAUAAGGAUGGUGAUGAACAGAUCGACUACGAAGAGUUUGUGCAGAUGAUCGCCCCAAUCGUUUCCGAAGAAAUUAUCGACUCUGCUCACCUUUAUCAGAGAACCAAUUCCAAGCAUUUCUUACAAUCGGAUCUCUACAGAUCUUCAAGUGUUCAUUGCUUCCGAUAA